AUGAAGAACUCAGCUUUCAUAAAAAGGAUCACAUGCCUCGUAUUGCUUUCAUUUGCAUCUAUUGGAUACCAAAGUUUUUAUCAUUUCACACUGUUUUUUGCAUCAUUGGUUAUGAAUGCGGCCUUCGCAUUUCGCAGAAAGUUUCCCUCUUCUGGAUGGUGGGUAACUUUAUCUAUUGUUUAUAUAUUUCUUCAUUUCGUGUUGCUCUUCUUUGUACAGACGCCGCCAGUUCGAGAUCGUAUUCAUGAUGUUAUUAAAAGAUCUCUAGGUCUUGUUGAUGUGAUAUGUUUCGGUAAAACUGAGUGUGAGAGGCCGAAUGUGACGUUUUAUUUUGGACUUGUUUGCGAGUUGUGUCUAAUCUUCUUGCUUGCCUGGAAUCGGGGGGUUUCCACGUCUCGAUUUCAGUACGAAACGGAGAAUAGGAAGUCAUGGCGACAUCAAAUUUACUUGAUCUGUCCAAUUACUAUUUUACUUUGGUCCUUAUUUUUCCCAUCAUGGCUGAGUUUUGUUUGGCUUGUAUCUUCUUGGUUUUUGUUUUCACGAAUAAGUGAGCGACGUCACCGUCUAACAGUUGCACCUCUGCUAGUUGCUUAUGCUUCGUUCCUACUGAUAAUUAAUUACAUUUGCUGUCUUGCUAACUUUUCUGGGGUGCAAGUAAAAAAGAUUGGACUUCAUUCUGUAACUGGAAAAGAUGCAUUUUACUCGUUGCUGUUGAAGAUCCUCUUCACUUUGCCGUUUUAUACAAUGAGAUAUUUCGAUGGCGGAAGUUUAGAUGGUCCUUGCGAAAGCACACAAAGAGAAGCAACUCCCGUGGAUUAUUCUGCUGUGCAGUGGGUUGCCCCUUUUAUAUGUCUAUUUACAUGUGAGAGGAUAGAUACUGUGAACAAAUCGUUAUUAGGCAUAUUGUACGUUUGUCUUCGUUACUUGUUUCUACUUCAAUUUGGCGACUGGUCUUCGCUGGAUGAGAAUCACUGGUUAGGUGAUGGUACUAUUGAUCUGCUCCAGAAGUUAUGGCUUCCCAUAGUGUUUAUUAUUUUCAUAAUAUUCAUCCAUCUUAGAAGACUCGAACAUCCGUUUGAUGCGGCAUGGUCACCGUCGUCUUUGAUGUCAAAAUUGUUUUCGACUUAUUGCGAUGCCGUGAUAUCUGUGCUCUUGAGCAUUUUUGCGGCUUUUAAUGUUUCUGCUAUUGGUCUUAUUCUCUUCCUUCUUUCAGUUGUGAUAUUUGUUGCUACACCAAAAACAAGAUAUGUAUUUAUGAAUUCAGCACUGUAUUUAAUUGUAUUUGGGCUUUCAGGGGGUAUUGCCUGUUGUGCGGCAUGCGUGUUACUCGCAAUUCUCUGGAUGCUUUCCUUCUUAACCUCAGCUUUAUUCUUACCUUCCUAUAGUUAUCCAGAAAACUGUUCGGAUGUUUUUCAUCUUGAUCAGAACACUGUGGAAUGGGUGGGGAUUUCUUCAGAACAAUUGUGGACCAUCAGUGUUCUUCUUUUUCUUUUGUCCUCAAGAUGUGUCUUUUAUAUCGAGAAAAGUGUUUGGUUAGCAGAUAUAAAAAGAGCUGAUGCAGAAAAGGGUGUAUCGCUGGCUGCAAAAUAUCUGGUGAAGUUCUGGAUGCACAAAUUCGGUCUUGAGAUCUCUUUAACUUUUGGACUUGCUGUGACAACCAUUCAUCAUGACAUAGUGGGUCUUCUUUUCUUCAUCUCCAUAGUUCUCUUCAGACUUUUGUCCCACCGGCGACGUUCUUUCUUUUGGCCUUAUUAUGUGCAAUUUUUACUACUGGUUGUCAUAGUAGAAUAUCUUUCUGCUCUUAGUAUUCCUCAUCAGUUUCUACGUUGCAUCAACUUCUUUUGGAAAAGUUGGGAUGUUUCAUGGAGAAAUUACUUAGUACUUCCUCCUUCAUUCAACUCCCCCAUUGUUUUAAUGUUGGAUUUUAUUUAUGUUUUGCUCGCUUUAGCACAGAAGGAAGUUUAUGAAAGAGAGGACGACCACCCUGGUGGAGAUAAUGUUCCACUUUCGGAGCUGUUUGUUUAUAAGCCGACUGUUCAAACGUCAGUGCCCCCGUUAUAUAAAGAUUUUAUUUCAAUGAAAGGGAAUCUCUUGGCUUAUGUGCAUUCUGCUGUAUUUCUUUACUCACACUGGGUAACAUUAAUUUUGGUCCUCAUAUGCGGCAUCGAAGGGGGCUCAUUUUUAGCUUAUACAUAUAUUGUGGCAGUUUUUGUUCUUCUUUGGAUGGACACUCAUCUUUAUUCCAAUUAUUCUUUUCAUCGGUUUCUCCUCUACUGGAAUAUUCUCGUUUACUACAAUCUUAUUGCUCUGACAGUCAAAUUGUUUUACUUUAACUCUGCUUGCUUUUUGGAUGCUGGUUUACCAUGUUGGAUGGAAAACUUUCUUGGUUUGCGAUGCGCGUCGUCUUCGUGUAGACAUAGGGGGCCUGCUGCAAUACUCAUUUACGACGUAAUAUGUUUCUGUGCUCUUAUUUUUCAAGUUCGGAUUUUUAAUUCUUGGUAUUUUCAACUUGUUAUUGCGGAUUAUAGGGCCGAUCGUAUUCUGGGCUCAAGAGGAGCAGAGUUGUUGUUGGAAAUGAAAACUCGUGAAAAGCGAAGGAGUGAACGUAGGUUGCAUUCAAAUGUUAACUGGAUCGAACUAGUUGUCACUGCUGAGGAUCGAGUGAAACCGGAAUCUGAUGAUCUUCCACCUUCCACACAUGAAGAAAUAAAAAGGUCGGGUUAUUACCACCAAAUGGGCGAACGAUUUUUCCCACGAAAUGCUUUAAGAGACGGAGAUACAGAAACUGCUCGUCGUUUUUCCUGUAUUGCUCAGGAGAUGGAUAUACCUAUUCUUCGAGAACAAGAAGCAACGAUGGUAGAAAAAACUGUUGAGAUUCUUGACAGCGUUCGACUGACACUGCGUCACCUGCUGCACCAGAUUAAUAAUCCUGAAUGGCUUUUUCGAAUUUCUAAAGGACAUGCAUAUAUCGCUUAUGUCCUUGAAAAUGACAAGAGAAGAAUAAAAUCUAUUUUGGGAGAACGUCUCCUGACUGCUGACUCAGGACCAAAAUUAGAAUCACUUCGUCAAGAAAUUCUACAAAAUGGUGAUUUUUCUAUAAAUGAUUUGUCUCCACAAAUACUGACUCAAGAAGCUCUCGAUGAAUGGCAAUCUAUUCAUCCGGCCUUUAAACUUCUUUAUUGCGUCUCACACGUGAUAAUGGCACAGUCUGAACUUGUAUUUUGUUGGGGAGCUCUAUGCGUUCCUGGACCACCAAAGUCUUUCUGGUUUUUUACAACUUGCUACCUACAGUUCAUUAUUAUGUUUCGGAUGGUGUGCCAGAACGCUUUUAUCAACGAAAUAUUGGACAGAAGUAAACUUGACAACGAAAAUCCGUUCAGUUUGACUAGAUUAUUAGGUGUCCAUCCGUCAAUAAAGGGGACUUUUUGGGAUGUUGCUCUUUUGGCUAUGCUUUUUUUACAUCGUUAUAAGUUGAUGAGAUUGGGGAUGUACGAUGACGACUUUAGGAGUCAGCAGGAAGAAAUUAAUUUAGAGUCUUCUCCACAUACUUCUGAUACAGAUGUUACGGCAAAAGUUCCAGGCACUCAUUUUCUUCGUCCUCUUUUGGCAAAAAAAACUCCUUCUUCUAUGGAUUGGUAUCCGUGGAUGGUAACUUGCGAUGCAUUUUGCCUGAUUUUAAUCUCUAUGUUUUAUUCUAUGAUAGGGCAAGGCGGAUCUGGAAACGUUUUUACUGAUGUUCAGGCGUCAAGAGUACCAAGAUGGUUCGCUUAUACUCUUCCGGCAGUUUUAUUUCUCAUGAUAUUUGAUAGGUGGCUCUAUAUGUCAAAACGAACUACAAUCCGUCUUUUCUUUUAUUUGUCUCUGGUUUUUUUGCUCCACGCCGCAAUUUUUUAUUUCGUGCCGGCGAUUACUGGGCGAACGGUUAACUGGAACGGUGCCGCAAUUGCACUUUAUUUAAUUAAAUCAGCUUAUUUACUGAUGAGCGCAUGGCAUUUAAGAAAUGGUUUUCCGUCAGUAUUAAAUAGAGAUAUCCUUACGCGGCAUUACGGACUCGCUCGCUUGCUGAUCUUAAAAAUUUACCUAAAUGUUCCCUUUCUGUUGGAACUGCGUACAGUAAUGGACUGGACGUUUACAUCUACUUCUUUAACUGUUGGGGAUUUUAUCCGUUUAGAAAAUUACUACAAUGAGUUUUUGGCACAAAACUGUUGGAUACGCUUUGAUCACUGGAUUGAUACGUACUUUCCUACUCGAAAGGGUCGUGCAACUCCAACCCCCGGGAAGUUUUUCAAAGGUGUUACUUCUAUAAUUGCGCUGAUUACAGUCAUUCUAGCACCAAUGUUUUUAUUUGCUUUUCUUAAUAGCUUCGGAACUCGAGCUCCUCCAAAAUGCCUCAAACUUUCAGUUGCAGUUGGCGGAUAUCCAACUUUAUACGAAAUGCACGCGACUGGCGUUAAUUUGUAUAGUAUCUCUACGUCUGAGCUAAAUGGACUGAACGAGGAAAUUGCCAAACGGAAAGAUAACGAAACGUUCCGCAGUGCUUACGCAUUUCUGUCUGUUUUUUCGAACGCUGAUGUUUUUCGUGUUUUUCUGGAACCGUAUUCUUUACACUCGUGGCAGAUUUCGUCGUUUACUAAACAACGCUUAGUCAGACAACUGCAGCGGAAAGAGCAGUUAUCUUUCAUCUUUCAAAUAUCAGUGGAACGGGAGUAUGGAGAUGCGCAAAAAACACACAGUUACACAAAAGCAUCUAAAAUGGGACCUUCUGAAAUUUACUCUGUUCUUGGGAUGAUAAAUGAUUCCGCGAGGGGAAGCAGCAUGGUUCUGGAAUUACCCAGGUUUUUUCUUGUUCCACCGGCUGGUUACUUGACUCCCGCUGGUCUCGUGAAUUCAGCACUGAAUGCAACAUUUAUGAAUAGUACCUGGAAGUAUGAAGCGGGCUGUUGGUGGAUGAAACUUGAGCAACCAAUCAUUUUGUUUGUCGACCGUGUCAUACCUGCAUGGAUAAGUUGGAUUGCUGGUUCGAGAAGUAUAGUUGCUAUGUAUGUGGCUGUGAUUUUUUUUAUCGGGAAACUCAUUCGGGACAUGGUUAAAACACCUUUAUCUAAUACAAUGAUCGAAAACCUUCCAAAUGUAGACAACGUUCUUCGCCUUAUACAGGACAUCUACGUCGUAAGGGAAAAACGUCAGUUUUAUCUUGAGUCACGGCUUUACGGGAAGCUGCUUUUUCUCGUAAGGUCACCGGAAACCAUAAUACGAUGGUCUCGUUAUCACGUGAAGGAGAAGAAAGAUUAA